UAUAGUCAGACCCUCCAGAACACCAUAAAAAUGAACACAAGAAGUGCCCACUGAAUGACAAUAUAUAAACCCUGAGAUAGGGGCCUGACAGUAGACAAUUUCUGCUCUGCCUUGACACAGAAGCCACAGCGAUGAAGCUCCACACCGCAGCAAUCCUGCUCCUCUUCUGGCUUGGUGUCUUCACUGUGCACACAGUCAAAGGGAGCGCUAUCAGUCAAUCCAUGCGCAAAUUCAGGUGUGUAGAUCUGUCUACAAAGCAGUUGAACAUCCGAAAUCUUGUGAGCUAUGAAAAGCAACAAGUACCAACAGAUGCCAUCAUGUUCAUCACUGCAGGAGGUAUCAAGAUCUGUGUAAGUCCUAAUCAGAAAUGGGUUCAGGCUGCUAUAAAGAGAAUAGAUGAAAGACGUGCUGCCAAACGCAAAUAAUCCAAGUAUCUAAGACCAACCAGCUGGAAUCAUCAUCAGUGCUGCAUGAAACAUCGAGGAAAACCUUACGAUCUGCUUUUAUUUCCUAUUUAUUAAGUGGCAAUAAAAUCUUGGAACAAACACAAACUCACCAGAAUCUAUUCAUCACUGGUUGAAUGCCUGGAGACUUCUUCAUUUUAUGGUUGAACUCUAUUAGUCUGUUUAUUUUCUGAAAUGCUUGCUAAUAUAUAUUUACAGCUGAAUGUAGAUAUCAUCUCAUCUUUGCUGUCCUGAUCAGGAUGGCAUUUAAUGGUGAAUGACUGGUAGUUUCACUCAGUGUAGUGAGGAUGACCACCCACAGGGCUGGGAGAGUGCAGACCUCCAUGCUGAUGGAGACCAGAACAUUCUGCAUUGAGUGCUGGUUUUAAGAAGGUGCUGUCUAAGUUAGUCAGUCACUCUUAUAUAACCUAUACAAACUGAUUUCAUGCUUCAGGCUAUUCCCUGAUCAGUGCCAUAUUCAGAAGAUGAUCCUUGAGUCUUCUAUUUUUACACACAGUAUUGCACUAUUUAUUAGCUCAGUUCACAACAGUGUGUGUGAAUAUUCUCACCUAGGGAUGAUGUGGAGUAAUUCAGUGUAACUAAAUGAAUGUAACCCUGCUCGGUCUUGCCCUGGGGAAGCCUUAUCCUACCAAUGCCAUCUGUGAAGUUACUUCAGUUUUGCCCUCAUGUGAAACAAACGUGAAACAAUUGGUUUGCUUUUCCCAUUGCUUUUCUUUGAAUAAGAACAAACCAUGGCUGGAAUCUGUAUUUCACAAACUCAUAGGAACUCCCUGCCCUAGAGAACUAUGUACAUGGAAAUAUC